UAGAGCUCCACAUUCCUCCUCCGGUCCGGCCCGGUCCAAACCCUCCGCAGACUCGCAGCACUUUGGAUGAAACGGGUUUUUCCUUCAACAUGGCUGAAGUUUGUGUCCGGCUCGAGGGCAAACGCGAUGGAAUUGUGAUCCACGAUGACUGGCCGGGUUACAGCCUGGACCUCUUCAGCUACCCGGCGCACUACUCUGGAGACUUGGACUACGUCAUCAUCCCGCAUGGCGUCAUCAUGGAUAGGACGGAGCGGCUGGCUCGAAACAUCAUGGACGACCUGGGCGACCACGACAUCGUGGUGCUGUGCGUGCUGAAAGGAGGCUACCAGUUCUGCGCCGACCUGGUGGACAGGAUCAAAGCUCUCAGCUGCAACUCCGACCACACGAUUCCCAUGAGAGUUCACUUCAUCCGCCUCAAGAGUUACCUGAAUGACCAAUCGACCGAAGAUCUUCACAUUCUUGGAGCAGAAGAUCUGUCCUUUUUAUCUGGAAAGGGCAUUGUGGGUACCGGAAAGACGAUGAAGACGCUCCUGAAGCACGUAGAGUCCUUCAGGCCCAAAAUGAUCAAAAUAGCCGGGUUGUUGGUGAAGAGAGUCCAGCUCAGUUCAACCUGUAUUCCUGACUAUGUCGGCUUUGAGAUACCCAAUCGUUUUGUGGUCGGAUAUGCUUUGGACUAUAAUGAGUAUUUCAGAGACCUUAAUCACAUAUGUGUGAUCAGCGAAAGUGGAAAGAAGAAAUAUAAAAUCUAAAGAGAGGCCAGUAACAGAGAGACAACUGCAGCUCAUUUGUCAGCUUACAGUUGCUUUGCAUUUCAAAUAUAGCUCCAAUAACAUCUCUCCUGCAAAAAUACAUUGUAGUGACUCACUUUAUGGUAUCCAUGAGCAAACUUUUGCCAUCUAAUUCCCUCAUGUUUACAAAUAUUGUAUGUUUACUGCUUUUUCUGUGAAUCUAAAACGGUUGUACUCAUUUAUAUCUAAUGUGAGGGGCCAAAUACUUGUGCUUACAACAAGAACUAAACUUUUCAUGUGAAAAUAAUGUUCUUAACCAGAGAAUGUUACACGUUCUUCAUGAACCUUCAUCAGGUAGUCACUGGUAACUCUCAGGGGAAAAUAAUGUAGAAGUGUCAACACUUGUUCUAACUACCUCUUCCUCCCCUGUGUUUCAUUUUAGCGUAAUAUCUGUCUGUAGUGUUGUAAUAAAAUGUUUUCUAACCUUUC